GUCACUGGCUGCGGGUGUAUAAAUACCCGAGCGGCUCAGUGUUGCCUUAGUGUCAGGCGAUCCGUGGAGGGGAACCGGAGAUACCGACAGAAUGGGCUACGGGGCCGGACGCGAUAAGUAUGAGCCUGCGGCUACCUCUGAACAUGGAGCCAAGAAGAAGAAUAAGAAGGAGAAGGAGAAGGACAUGGACGAGCUCAAGAAGGAAGUCUCCAUGGAUGACCACAAGAUGAACUUGGACGAGCUCCAUCGCAAGUACGGGACAGACCUGCAGCAGGGUCUGACCACGGCUCGGGCGGCCGAGAUCCUGGCACGUGACGGUCCCAACGCGCUGACCCCACCGCCCACCACCCCAGAGUGGGUGAAGUUUUGUCGCCAGCUCUUCGGGGGCUUCUCUAUGCUGCUGUGGAUUGGAGCCAUACUUUGCUUCCUUGCUUACGGUAUCCUGGUAGCCACGGAGGGUGAGGCUCAGAAUGACAAUCUCUACCUCGGUGUGGUUUUGUCCGCUGUCGUUAUCAUCACUGGCUGUUUCUCCUACUACCAAGAAGCUAAAAGCUCUAAGAUCAUGGAGUCCUUCAAGAACAUGGUUCCUCAGCAAGCCCUGGUUAUCCGUAGCGGCGAGAAGUUGAGCAUCAAUGCAGAGGGUGUAGUUCUGGGCGACCUCGUGGAGGUGAAGGGUGGUGACAGAAUCCCCGCCGAUCUGCGGAUCAUCUCGUCUCACGGCUGCAAGGUGGAUAACUCUUCCCUGACCGGAGAAUCGGAGCCACAGACUCGCUCUCCAGAAUUCACCAACGAGAACCCUCUGGAGACCAGGAACAUCGCCUUCUUCUCCACCAACUGUGUGGAAGGUACCGCUCGUGGCAUUGUAGUGAACACCGGUGACCGCACAGUGAUGGGUCGCAUCGCCACGCUGGCCUCGGGUCUGGAGGGAGGACGCACUCCCAUCGCUGUUGAGAUCGAGCACUUUAUUCAUAUCAUUACCGGGGUGGCCGUCUUCCUGGGUGUCUCGUUCUUCAUCCUGUCUCUCAUCCUGCAAUACUCCUGGCUUGAGGCCGUUAUCUUCCUCAUCGGUAUCAUCGUGGCCAACGUGCCGGAGGGACUGCUGGCCACCGUCACAGUGUGCCUUACACUCACCGCCAAGCGCAUGGCCCGCAAGAACUGCCUGGUGAAGAACCUGGAGGCCGUGGAAACUCUUGGAUCUACCUCCACCAUCUGCUCCGACAAGACCGGGACCCUCACGCAGAACCGCAUGACGGUCGCACACAUGUGGUUCGAUAACCAGAUCCACGAGGCCGACACCACCGAGAACCAGAGCGGUGCUUCUUUCGAUAAAAGCUCCCCUACGUGGGCAGCCCUCUCCCGCGUGGCGGGUCUGUGUAACCGCGCCGUGUUCCAGGCCGGACAGGAGAACACCCCCAUUCUGAAGAGAGAUGUUGCCGGCGACGCGUCCGAGUCGGCUCUGCUGAAAUGCAUUGAGCUCUGCUGCGGCUCCGUGAAAGAAAUGAGAGCGAAGAACCCCAAAAUGGCCGAAAUUCCCUUCAACUCAACCAACAAAUACCAGCUGUCCGUUCACAAGAACGCUGAUCCCUCCGAGGGCCGCUACCUGCUGGUGAUGAAGGGCGCGCCGGAGCGGAUCCUGGACCGCUGCUCCUCCAUCUUGCUGCAGGGCAAAGAGCAGCCGCUGGACGAGGAGCUGAAGGACGCUUUCCAGAACGCGUAUCUGGAGCUGGGCGGCCUGGGAGAGCGAGUGCUCGGUUUCUGCCACCUGUCGCUGCCAGACGACCAGUUUCCCGACGGCUUCAACUUCGACACGGAGGAGGUGAACUUCCCCACCGAUAACCUGUGUUUUGUCGGCCUGAUCUCCAUGAUUGACCCGCCUCGUGCCGCCGUGCCAGACGCUGUCGGGAAAUGCCGCAGUGCCGGAAUAAAGGUCAUCAUGGUGACUGGAGACCACCCGAUCACCGCCAAGGCCAUCGCAAAGGGCGUGGGUAUCAUCUCCGAGGGCAACGAGACCGUGGAAGACAUCGCUGCCAGACUGAACAUCCCCGUCAACCAGGUCAACCCCAGGGAUGCCAAGGCUUGUGUGAUCCACGGCUCUGACCUGAAAGAUAUGACCGCCGAGCAAAUCGACGACAUCCUGAGAUACCACACGGAGAUCGUGUUUGCCAGAACCUCGCCCCAGCAGAAGCUCAUCAUUGUGGAGGGCUGCCAGAGACAGGGUGCCAUCGUGGCCGUGACGGGUGACGGUGUGAACGAUUCUCCGGCUCUGAAGAAGGCCGACAUCGGCAUCGCCAUGGGUAUCGCCGGCUCGGACGUCUCCAAACAGGCGGCCGACAUGAUCCUGCUGGAUGAUAACUUCGCUUCCAUUGUCACCGGUGUGGAAGAAGGGCGUCUGAUUUUUGAUAACUUGAAGAAGUCCAUCGCCUACACCCUCACCAGCAACAUCCCUGAGAUCACCCCCUUCCUCAUCUUCAUCAUCGCCAACAUUCCCCUGCCCCUGGGCACAGUCACCAUCCUGUGUAUCGAUCUGGGCACAGACAUGGUUCCCGCGAUCUCGCUGGCGUACGAACAGGCGGAGAGCGACAUCAUGAAGAGACAGCCGAGAAACCCCAAGACCGACAAACUAGUGAAUGAGAGGCUGAUCAGCAUGGCGUACGGGCAGAUCGGGAUGAUCCAGGCCCUCGGCGGCUUCUUCUCGUACUUUGUGAUCCUGGCGGAGAAUGGCUUCCUUCCGUGGACGCUGCUCGGCAUCCGGGUGAGCUGGGACGACCGCUGGACGAACGACGUCGAGGACAGCUACGGGCAGCAGUGGACCUACGAGCAGAGGAAGAUCGUGGAGUUCACCUGUCACACCGCUUUCUUCGUCAGCAUCGUGGUUGUUCAGUGGGCAGAUCUGAUCAUCUGUAAAACCCGAAGGAAUUCCGUCUUCCAGCAGGGCAUGAAGAACAAGAUCCUGAUCUUCGGUCUGUUUGAAGAAACUGCUCUGGCCGCCUUCCUGUCCUACUGCCCGGGAAUGGACGUCGCGCUGCGCAUGUACCCACUCAAGCCCACAUGGUGGUUCUGUGCCUUCCCGUACUCCCUGCUCAUCUUCAUAUACGACGAGGUCCGUAAGCUCAUCAUCCGCCGCAGCCCAGGGGGUUGGGUGGAGAGGGAGACCUACUACUAAACGCAGCGGCUUUGUCCCAACAUUUCACAGCCCCCCCCCAUCUGCCUGCUCCCACUCGCCCCCGCUACCCCCCCCCCACCUGUGUGCACCUGUCUGGCUCGGCCUGUUCCGUGGAUGAGAUGCGUUUUGGCGGCGGGCGUGCUGCGGCCCCUGCGGAGCUCUCAUUGUGCCUUCUUUGGUUCUGUUUUUGUAAAGGAGCACGAAGAGAUGUUUUAUAAAUCUGCAUUUUUACAAAUAAAGGCGAGUUUGAAUCGG